AUGUGGACAGGGGAAAAAUCCAGAUCAGAGAAAGCCCAUGAGCGCAGCACAUCUUCUGCUGCAGUACAUGAAAUAGCCUGUACGUGGUACAAUGUGUGUCGCGAGUCCCAUGAAAAAUGCAAAAAGUUUGGCCCCGGCAAGAGAUACACACCGACCAGGCUCAUUGACGUUGGCAUGGAACGGGACCAAACGUGGAAGCUCUGUCUGCAUCCGCAGGAUAUUGAAGACGCUCCAGACUAUCUGACCUUGAGCUACCGAUGGGCGCAAGAUCCUACAGUGCUUCUCCAGAGCUGCACCAUAGAGGCCUUCCGGCAAGGCGCUCCUAUAGCUGGCCUGCCCAAGACUUUCAGAGAUGCCAUUACUGUGGCACGAAGAUUCUCUAUCAGGUACCUCUGGAUUGACUCUUUGUGCAUCAUACAAGACUCGUCUGAAGACUGGGCUCGAGAAUCGGUACUGAUGCACGACGUUUAUGCGAACUCAGCCUGCAACAUAUCUGCAUCUGCAUCGGAAAGCCCGGAGGGCGGUUUGUUUCGCGACCGCAAGGCCGAAGAAGUAGGCUUAGGUUACAUCAGUGUAGAUCUGCCAAAUCUAGGUACCAAGAAUUUCGAGAUAUGGGAUCAGUUUUAUAUGGACCGACUGACGCAUGGUCCACUCUCCGAUCGCGGUUGGGUCUUCCAGGAGCGAGUGCUUUCGCCGAGAGUACUCCACUUCUCACGGAGUCAAAUUGUCUGGGAGUGCUUCGAGAUGAAUAAGUGCGAGUCGUUUCCGAAUUGGUCGCCAUUCCCUACCGAAGCUGACUACUCUCGUGGCGUCAAAACAGUCUAUGACUUUUUCAAAUCUGACUCCGGUUCCGAUCUCUCGCCAACUAGAAAGGGAGAUGAUGGAAAACUCAUGAGUGUUGGCGUCUAUAACCAGUGGAUGCACCUGGUGAAGACGUACUCGCGGUCUGCGUUCACCUGUCCGGUAGAUCGACUCAUUGCCAUGUCAGGAAUAGCCAGUAAGUUUAAGAAACAUACUGGCGACGAGUACCUAGCUGGGUUGUGGAGAUCAAGGCUAGUCGAAGGGUUGAACUGGAUUGUCGUCAAUCCUGUCGCUCGACCACUUGAGCGUUUUCGUGCACCGUCAUGGUCGUGGGCUGCCGUCGACUCUGCUGUCUUCCCA